AUGCAAACAAGACAAUGUGCGGUGUUUUUUGUAGCCGUAGUUUUUAUUUUUUUAAAAAAUUCAUCCAUCUGGGAAAAAAAAGGAGAUAUUGAAAUUAGAGGAAGACAUAUUAAGAGUUUGUGUGAAUUAUGUAUUGAUAAUUAUGAGAAUGAUUCAAAUUCACAGAAGGAUGUAAAUAAUAAGGAACACAAUAAGAAAAAGAAAUCAAAAAAAUAUCAAGAUGAUAAGAUAGAUGAUUUUUCAAAUAAUAAUGAUGUAACAUUUGACAAUACAUUAUAUGAUAUGGAAGUAGUACCUGUUCUUAGAAAUAAAAAUCAUCAGAGAGUUUUAUCAAAUGAACAAAUAAAAGAAAAAAUAGAUAAUUUAGGUGAAAUUGUGUCUGUCGAAGAUAUGCAUAAAAUAUUUGAUUUAAUACAUAAUAAUGAGAAAAAAAAAUUUUUUAAUAUGAAAGAAGAUAUAUAUGAAUAUAGUGAAAAAUUAUCUCAAUAUUAUGAUAUACCUGAAAAUAUAAAAAAAAAAUGUUGGAUAAAGGCAAGUUAUGAAAUGCAAGAAACUUUAAUAAUUAAAGAAAAUUUCUUUUAUAAAAAUUUUUAUGUUUUUGCUAAUAUUGGUGAAAGAAAACGUAGUUCAUUUUUAGAUGCCAUUUAUGGAUAUCAAAAAAAAUGGAAAGAAGUUAGAUUUACAGUUGAUGAAACUUGGCGUGAAUAUAUUUUCCAAACAUUUAUUGAUUUUGAUAACAAAAGAAAAAUAAAAUUACGAUUACAACAGGUUUAA